UCUCACCCAUAAAGGCUGGCCGCUCUCUCAAAAGUCCGACGCCAAACGAGGUCCAAUCUGAACUGCACGACGAAACCGUCGAAGCCGGCAAACGACAGCAUCUUCAGCUAUGACAUUCGGCGAUGCUCUCCGGUGGGUCGUCAACGCCGCGGCCUAUUUCGUGGUGACCGUCGGCUUGGGAGGGGUGUUCAUGCUGUACACCUAUCAAAACAACCUGAUCUACCCCGCGAACUUCCCGGCCGGCUCUCGAGAAGUGGUGGACACGCCAGACAAAGUAGGCUUGCACGACUUUGAGAACCUCACUAUCACGACACCGGACAAGGUCAAAAUCAAAGCGUACUUCAUCCGCCGCCGGAAAGCUUCCGGCGACAAUUCCGCUCAGUCUGCCGAUGGGGAGGGUCUACGGAACCGAGCUGAGAAGAAGGCCGGCGAGUUGGCGGAUACCACUGUCAUCUACUGCCAUGCCAACGCGGGCAAUAUGGGACACCGCCUUCCUAUUGCCCGCAUCCUGCAUGAGAAGUUCAAGAGCAAUGUGCUGAUGUUCUCGUAUCGCGGGUACGGAACGAGCGAAGGGACACCGUCGGAAACCGGUCUCAAAAUUGAUGCACAGGCCGCUUUGGAAUGGGUCUUAGCCAACCCUGAGUUACCGCCAAAUUCGAAGAUUAUCGUGUAUGGUCAAUCCAUCGGCGGUGCUGUUGCCAUCAACUUGGCAGCGACCAACAAAGAUAAAGUCUCCGCCCUGAUUGUUGAGAACACGUUCUUGACCUUGCCCAAAAUCGUACCGGCUGUCAUUCCCGCCGCCAAAUAUCUUACAUUCCUCUGCCACCAAAUAUGGGACUCGGAAACAGCCAUCCAGACCAUCCCAUCAAAAAUGCCCAUUCUCCUUCUCAGCGGUGGAAACGACGAACUCAUCCCGCCAACGCAUAUGGCUCAGCUGUGCAAUGUCGCUCGCGGAGCCCGCCGGAAAUCCGUGUCAUCGGCGCCCUCGGUGCAUGACGGGACGAAGCUGUCGAAAGAAGAGAACGGGGUGGUGUUUGUGCUUUUCCCCAAUGGGACGCACAACGAGACGUGUGUGCAGCGGGGGUACUUUGAUGAGAUGCUGCAGUUUGUAGAGAACUACGUGCUGGGAAGGGGGAAGACGGUUGGAGGAGAUAGUGUUGAGACGAUUCCAUCGGCAAAGACGAAGGCAAGCGGUAUUGACGGCGUGAAGAACUACAUCAAUGUCGUCAAGGAGGGUGGAGCUGGAGCCGAGUUGUAGUGCAGAAGUACGUUAGAUCAUAGUCAUUUUCAUCUCAUUCGUUUGUUUGUCUUCCUGCAUGGAUCACUCGGACCAGGCUUGCAGUUUCGUUGGUUGUCGGCAUAUCCUUGAUGCAAUCGUCCGUUUGGGCAACAGUCGAAAUAUAUCUCCAAAUGGGCAGCGAGAUAUACAGAACAUCGAU